CAAUACCAGAAAAAGUGGCAACUCCGCCGUGUAUAUACAUUUUGAGAGAAAAUUCUGUUCAGAAGGGCUACGAAUAACCGCCGUUCUAGCUACUAAUAUACAUUUGAAGGACUCUGGACAUUAAAUAGCUAAAUCUUACCGGAAAAGGCUGAGUGGGCAACACUUGAGCCUGCGCCGCCGCCGCCGCCAACGUCGUCAUACAAAAUGAAUAAACCAAAGAGUACAGCGUUUUUUUGUUAAUUUUCGGAUUUUAAGUCGUCUCGUCGUCAUUGUCAUCAUUAUUCGCAUCAUAACUGCAUUGGCAUCGUCAUUUUUUAGCAGCUCUGUCUUAAACCAACCAUCGCUUCCUCCCCCACCCCGCCUAGCUAGCUUUUGGGGGAUAAACCUUGAGUAGAAGUUCGGUUUCUGGAUAAUAAUUUGUGUUUGCAACUAGGAGCAUCGUCUUGUCGUCUUCUUCAUUCCCCCAACACACACACAGAUAUUCAUAUUUAGUUAUGUCAUCGACCGCCGGCAAACGCAAAGAAAUCUACAAAUACCUGGCGCCAUGGCCCUUGUACUCCAUGAACUGGAGCGUGCGGCCGGACAAACGUUUCCGCCUUGCGCUGGGCAGUUUCAUUGAGGAAUACAACAACAAAGUGCAAAUCAUUAGUCUGGACGAGGAUACCAGCGAAUUUAGUGCUAAAAGCACCUUUGACCAUCCAUAUCCAACAACGAAAAUCAUGUGGAUACCAGACUCCAAAGGCAUCUAUCCCGAUCUGUUGGCCACCAGCGGUGAUUAUUUACGUGUUUGGCGCGCUGGUGAGCCGGAUACACGUCUGGAAUGUGUGCUGAAUAACAAUAAGAACAGUGACUUUUGUGCGCCGCUCACAUCGUUCGAUUGGAAUGAGGUGGAUCCCAAUCUGGUUGGCACAUCAUCGAUAGACACAACAUGCACAAUAUGGGGUCUGGAAACGGGACAACCGCACGCACGCGUAUAUGUGGCCGGUCAUGUGAAGACGCAGCUGAUAGCACACGACAAGGAGGUUUAUGAUAUUGCAUUUUCACGCGCCGGCGGCGGCCGGGAUAUGUUCGCCUCUGUGGGUGCUGAUGGCUCUGUGCGUAUGUUCGAUUUGCGUCAUUUGGAGCACUCGACCAUUAUCUAUGAGGAUCCUGCGCACACGGCGCUGCUGCGCUUGGCCUGGAACAAACAGGAUCCGAAUUACUUAGCCACAGUUGCCAUGGAUUCAUGCGAAGUUAUUAUUUUAGAUGUUCGUGUUCCUUGUACACCUGUUGCAAGACUGAGCAAUCACAGAGCGUGCGUCAACGGUAUUGCGUGGGCGCCGCAUAGUUCCUGUCACAUUUGCACUGCCGGUGAUGAUCACCAAGCACUGAUCUGGGAUAUACAACAAAUGCCACGCGCAAUCGAGGAUCCAAUUUUAGCCUAUACAGCUGCUGAAGGCGAAGUCAAUCAAAUACAAUGGGGUGCCACGCAACCCGAUUGGAUAGCCAUUUGCUAUAACAAAGCGUGCGAGAUCCUGCGGGUCUAAGAGUCAAUUUUUCUUGCCUCCCUUAAGCCUCCCACACACACACACACACAUACACACAAACACACACAUAUAUGCCCCUACCCAUCACUGCUCUGUCUGCGGUUGUGGAUGUGGACAGCGGACUGUGGAUAAAAUGCUGUUGAGCAACGCUCAGUUGUCGAGCAACAAGAACAAAAACAACAGCAGCAGCUCACACAACACAUCAAAAUAUAAACAGACAACAUUCACACACACACACAUACACAUACACACAAACAACACACACACAUAGAAACGCAAUGUAGUUGUAGGUUUUGUAGACACACAGCGGAAGAAACGCGUUUUAAUUAUUAUAAAAUAUAUAUACACACAUAUAGUAUAUAUGUAUAUAAGUAUAAUUUUGUAUUCGGAUAACGAUCUGUGUAUUCCGAACGCCAUUCCGUCUCGUGUUCUAUCCAAGAAACCAGUGAGAAUGAUUUUGGAGACGUUUGAAGUGAAAAAGGCGGGGCAAUCCGAUUGAUUCGAUUCGAAUCUAUUUCGAUUCGUUUAGAGUUUUUAGUUUAUCUUAGAUUAGUUGAACAUACAAUUAUGAUAUAAGUCUCAAGGUAUAACCAAAAUAUGUAUUGCUAUUUGUAAUUUAUUUGACAAUUUGACUUUUUUCACUUUUCAUGCUGAAAAGUUAACCAAUUAGCCGCUUGAUUCGGGCUUCUUUUGUUUAUAAUUAUUCCUUUGUUUUUUUUUUUUUCCUUUUUAAUGACAAAUGAAACAUAAAUAUAACAACAAAAAGAAGAACAACAAAAACAAUGUCCUACCUCGUUUUCCAACAAAUAAAUGUUAAGAAUUUGUGUCUAGCCGCAGUAACCACAACAACAACAACAACAACUACAUGCAAACAACAACAACAACAGAGAGAAACCAAAAAGAAUGCAAAACGCUUUUUUCGAAAUGUUUUUUAAUUCUUUGUUCAACGUUUUAUUAUACGUUUUCUAUGAGAACCAAAAAAGUAAAAAUAAAUAAAACAAAAAUCACAAAGGACUUAAGCAAAACGAUAAACGCAAAGCAAACAUAAAUAAGCGAAAAUACUUGUAUUAAGAAUAAAACCAAAAUGAAAACAAAAACAACUGCACAACCACAGCUAAAAAAAAAAAACAAUACAAUACUAUUUAAAAUACAACUAAAACAAAGAAAAAAAAAAAAAACCGAAAUAUUAUAUGAGCGAGAGAGAAUACAAGAUUGUUGCUAUCCAUUUAAAAAAAAAAACAAACAAAAGAAAAACACAAAAAUGUAAUGACUGCAUACGAUUACCAUAAUAAUUAUAAUAAUAAUAACAAUAAUGAUAACAAUUAAUUUCAUGAAAAUACAGCAAGCCCGAAAGAUCGAUCAAUCCUCACUCGUAAGCACUGAGAACAGAUAAAUAGAACUAUCCAACAAAAUACAACAAUUUUAUACGGUCGAAACUACAAAGCGCUGCUCUGAGACUGAGACAAAGUGAAAACGAAAAAGACAAGGAGAACAAAUGAGAAAGAGACAGAAUAUGUAUCUUAAAUCCCUUUUGCUGUUUGCUCAGAAUGAGAGAAAGACAUUUAUUUGGUAACUUCAACUUGCAACUGCUCAUCAAUUAUAUAUAAAUAUAUAUCGUAUUCAAACUCCAUUACAAAUCCAAUUAUAUACAAACAGAAAUAUGCAAUUGUUUAAUGUGUUUUGCUUUUGUUUUUAGUUGGAAACAAACUCAAACUCUGUAAACUUGACAAGACUUAGUGCAUUGUAAACGCCAAAUAAACAAAAGAUCAUGAAAAUCAAUCCCAAUCCAAAUCAGAUACAUUAAUUAAGCAGACAUUAUUUGGCUAACGGUUUCCGUAACUCGUAGCAUUCAGAUUCAUAAUUAGCCAAAAGACAACAACAUAUUCUUUAUACUUACACACACACACACAAUCACAUACAACCUUAUAUAUAUAUAUCUAUAUAUUAUAUAUUGUAUUGUAUAAUUAAGUGAAACGAUUGAUUUUUGUUUUGCCCAAUUGUUUGCAUCGUUUUUAUUCAAUUAAAACAUCAUAAGUUAGUAAUAUACAGAUGUAACAAAUAUCACUAUAUAUAUAUAUAUGUAUCUGUGUAUAUAUAUAGUAUAGACAUCUGGGUCAGCGCGGAGUGAUUAACUAGAAGGCAGCAGCAGGAUUGUAAGAGCAGCAUAGAGAGACGAAAAAAACA